AUGUCACUUUUUGGUUCAUCGCCGACGGAGGACAGCCCAGGUCUGGGUUCGUCUACUGGUCCAGCUCGUCGCGGCGGUGCUGGUCUCUUCGACGAUGACUCUGGUUCUGGAACUCCAAAGCCAUCCAACAGUCUCUUCGCUGACGACAACGACUCCCAUGAUUCACCUUGGGACAUGCCCACGCCGCGCAAGCAGCAGAGCAGAGCCGAUCUCAUCCGCAACCUCCUCCCCGGUAGCGACGUGCCCGAUGCUUACAUCGAGACCUUCGAUAUAGUAGUGCGCGAAGAUGGCAGCGGAGGUCAGGUCACUUCUGGUGGUGUCGCAAAGCUCUUUGCUACUGCCAGACUUGGUGCUGAUGCCCAAGCUCGCAUUAUGUCCUUGGUAGCUCCCGGAGGCGGGGAUGUCCUGCUGGGUCGAAACGAGUUCAAUGUGCUGCUGGCUUUGGUAGGCCUUGCACAAGAAGGCGAAGUCAUAAGCCUGGAUGGUGUUGAUGAGCGCCGAAAACGCCUUCCGCAACCCAAGCUCGCGGGUCUCACUGCAGAGCCCGUCCUACCUCCAGUCGCUGAACUUUCCGCGAAGCCGCCUCAGACACCUCCAAAAGAUAUUCCUCCUCCUCCUCAACAACAACAAACUCCUCCCGCGCAACAAACGCCCAAGCAAUUUCGACCAGCCAUGGAUGACCCAGAGGAUGAUCCAUGGGGAAGUCCUGAUAUGCACAAAACCCAUGAUCAUGGUCCCUCCAAGUCCAACGGCACCCAGCGAAACAGCACAAAUGGCCAUGCCGGCUUUGGCCAAACACCACCGACGACAGUAAUCGACGCUCCUCCUCUGCCUAAUAUUGCAUCCCCUCAAGCCACCACGUCUCCAAACAGCCGGAGACAGCAUUCCAGCAACUCGGUGACAACGCCUGGUGGAUGGGGAUACUUUGAUGGAAAUAACCCUGUUGUAGGCUUUGGGGAAUCUCCCUCUGGGCCUGUCCAGAAUCCCUUUGGUGGAGCUCCCGAUCUGACACCAACUGCACAACCUCCAGCUCUUCAGCACCAUACGAGCAGUGCUAGAGCCAGCCGUGGCGCCGAGGAGAAUGUCGUUGUUGUGCUUAUGCCGGAAAAGGAAGGUGUUUUCAUGUUCCAGCACCAUAAUUAUGAAAUCUCGAGCAUAAGGCGCGGUAGCAAGGUUAUCCGCAGAUACAGCGACUUUGUCUGGCUAUUGGAUUGCCUACACAAGAGAUAUCCAUUCCGUAUUCUACCGCUACUUCCACCUAAGCGUGUAGGUGUAAAUGGCAGCCAUCUGUCCAACGAUGGGGCCUUUAUCGAGAAGCGAAGGAGGGGUCUGUCACGGUUCUUGAAUGCCCUUAUCAGACACCCGAUUCUGAGUCAGGAACAACUUGUCGUCAUGUUCUUGACUGUUCCUACAGAACUAUCUGUGUGGCGCAAGCAAGCUACCAUUUCUGUUCAAGAUGAGUUUACUGAUAGAGCAUUACCACCUGGUCUGGAGGACUCUCUGCCCGCUGAGCUCGAGGAUCUCUUUAACCGAACCCGCAAUGGCGUCAAACGAUCUGCUGAACUUUACAUUAACGUAUGCAACAUCAUGGAUCGUCUCGUCAAGCGAACUGAGGGCGUGGCUGCUGACCACGCUCGUAUUGCUCUUUCUUUGGCCUCUUUGACAGAAACAUCGGAGGAUACUUACGCAACUGACACCAACGAGGUUCCCCUUCUCAAUGAUGGACUUGUCGCCAUGAGCAAACACCUCAGAACUUGCCAGGCUUUGAUGGAGGAUGAGAGCCGUGGAUGGGACGAGGGAGUUCUUGAGGACCUCAAGCGCCAACGAGAUGCUCUUGUUAGCGUGCGUGAGAUGUUUGAGCGAAGAGAACGAUUGGACAAAGAUAAUAUUCCUUAUCUGGAGCGGAGGAUUCAGACUAAUGAGAACAAGCUUGCCAACUUGAGAUCUAAGCCAGAAGGCGUGGUCAAGGCUGGUGAGAUUGACCGCAUAGCAGAAAACAUCAUCAAGGAUAAGGAGUCUAUUGUCCAGCAACACAACCGCUCCAUCUUCGUCAAGGAGUGUAUUCGCGACGAACUCAUCACCUUCCAGUCAACUCAGUACCAGGUCAGCCGAUGGAACCAGGACUGGGCCGGUGAGCGAGUCAAGUACGCCGAGAUGCUCGCCGACAACUGGAGACGAUUGCUAGAUGAGCUUGAGGGCAUGCCCCUGGGUGACUAG